AUGAGCAGCCCUGCGAUGAGUGACGAUUUUACGGCCGUUUUCAACCCUCCGUUGUCUUCUACUCAAAUCAAACUGUUUGACAUGUUGGAAGAAGCCACAGAACAACUCAUGCUUUUUCAAGAUUUCCACGCUUCGUUUAGUGUCUGUGAGAGAGGCUUGGAGAUCCUUACACGCGAGGAGGAAGAGGACGUGAGAGGUGAACUAAAAGCUGGCUUUUGCAUCUUGGGGAUCCAAGCCUUGGCUGAACUCAACCAGUGGCCAGGUGUCCUCGCUUGGGUUCUUCACCAUUAUGAGCAACAAGAGAACAUACCUGCAAAAAUAAUGCUCAUGUGCAUUCUCCUUUACUCCAAGGUGGGCGAGCCGAAAGUGAUGCAAGAGGCCACCCAAACCUGGCUCCACUGUCCGUCGAACCGCCGACUGGACCGGUACAGAUCUGUGGCCGAGCUCUAUGUGCUGCAUAUCCUCCUGCCCCUUGAACUCUCAGAUCAAGCCCGGGAGAUGGUCACCGGCGAGGUGGGGAGCACGGCAUUCACGGAAACUCAACGACAGACGGCGCUUGCCAUCAUAGAUGAGGAAAGUCGGAAAAAAGUGCCAGAUGUCAACACAGACUGUGGUUUAUUCGAUAAACGUCCUUCGAUCAAAGGUUCCCUUCUUCAAAAAGUGGAAGCUCUGUUGAAGCUUUCCUGUAGAAGAUUGAUAUCUGCUUCCGGGUCCUUCCCAUUCCAUAAACUCAUCUUGGCUACUGUCAUUCUCUACAUGCUGUUGUUUCGCCUAGAUCCAGCGCUUCCGUCUUCCUUCAUGUGGAUUUCCAGACUUCAUCAGCUGCUCAGACAGAUGUGGAACGUCAUGUCGGCUCCGUAUUUUCAAGCUCGGAAAGUAGCCGGCGCCGGCAUUCCUGAAGCAUUCCUCCACGGGGAAAGUUGCUGGGACGGGGAUGAAACAAUGACCCGCUCUCAUUCAUCGGGUUUAGGGUUCUGUGGGAAAGUCCGCCGCCGGGUUGAGGCUGAUGUCAUGGAGCUGUGUUGCGAGUCGGACUCGGUAUAUCGUCAUCUGAUAGAAAACCCUGUUAUGGCGGAGCAGGGGGAUGACAUCAUACUGGUCUCGCGGCGGCGGGUAAUUGGCCAGCUCUCCUCCUCCAGAGUGAGCGGCCGAGCCAAGCAGAACACACAAGUGGAGCCAGGCCAUGCGAGUCAGAUGCACGGGGUUUUUCCAGAGCGUGUGACGGGGGCCGCGGCGCAGGGGGGGAACGACGGCGAGCCAAAUGGGGGCGGCGAACCCGUCCGACUGCGAAGGUCCGAAAUGAAUGAAGAGCCUCAACUCUAA